AUUGUGGUUUUGAAUGCCUCAGCAGGCGCAUGCGCAAACCGGCGGAGCGUAUCAGCGGUGACUAGCUAGUUUCUCGUAGCGUUCAGUCCAUUUAGAUCCGACUGUUGUGCCGUUUUUGUGGAUCCGUGAGUCGUUUCUACCGAGCGGGACUAACGUGACCAAGGCGUGAGAAGAAUAUGCCCAAAAAUAAAGGAAAGGGAGGAAAGAAUCGUCGACGUGGAAAGAACGAGAAUGAGUCUGAGAAGAGAGAGCUGGUGUUCAAAGAGGACGGACAGGAAUACGCUCAGGUGAUAAAGAUGCUGGGGAACGGACGUCUGGAGGCCAUGUGCUUCGACGGAACCAAGCGGCUUUGCCACAUCAGAGGAAAGCUCCGGAAAAAGGUCUGGAUUAACACGUCGGACAUCAUCCUGGUCGGAUUGAGAGAUUACCAGGACAACAAAGCCGACGUCAUCCUCAAGUACAACGCAGACGAGGCUCGCAGUUUGAAAGCGUACGGCGAGCUGCCCGAGCACGCCAAAAUCAACGAGACUGACACCUUCGGGCCCGGAGACGACGACGAGAUCCAGUUUGAUGACAUUGGCGACGACGACGAGGACAUUGAUGAUAUCUGAAGGCCUGCUGCUGGAGGGGGAGGAUUUUACUAGAGAUGCUCGCCACACCGAUGAUGAUACUUUUUUAUUAAGAUCAGCCUCUGCCAAUCCAAUACAGUUAAUUAAAACGUUUCAAUUUAUUCCAGUUUGUUAACCAUCAGCAGACGUCGUUGUUGUUGUUUUUGUUUUUGUUUUUGAGGUGAGGAAAGGACCGACACAAGUACUUUUUUUUGGGGGGGGGGGGGGGGGGGGGGGGGGGGGGAGUUUGUUGUUGACGUGAAUGAAAACGGUAUCGAUAUCGAACGUUUGGAGGAUCGUGAGCCGGCUGAUCACCAGCAUCGUAUUCUGGGCGAAUAUCUGGACGCGCUUCUAGAUUUUCACCUCCUUUUUUUAUUUUUACUUUUAUUUUGCUUCUAACAUCAACAAAACGGCAACAUUUCACAUCUUUUUAGUUUGUCGUCUUCUGGAUUAUCAAAGAAACUAACACCGAUACCGUGACUGCACAACAUCGCACACACACACCAUCUUUUUAACAAUGUAUUUAUAUUGAUUUCACACUGUUGUGGAAUUUAGCAAAGUACAGAAUCUCUUGGUUCGUCAAUAAAAAGAUAAACCAUUUA